AUGACGGCCGUCGUUGAAAUUCCCGACGACGUGGUAGUUGAAAUACUCGCCAGACUUCCGGUGAAAUCGUUACUUCGGUUCCGGUGCGUUUGUAAGCUUUGGCGUAGUAUAAUCUCCGAUUCAUCCUUUAUCGAACUGCACCGAACCCUUUCCGUUACUCGCGCCGGCGGCAACCUUCUCCUUCUCUGCUUUCCCAGCGUCGCCCACUGGCCGUGGAGACUCCUGUUCUACAUAGACCACUGGGAGGAAGAAGGCCGCUGCAACGCUUUCCGCAACGACUUCUCUCUUUCAGGGUUCUCCGAGUGUAUAAACGGACUCAUCUGCCAGGACGACCCCCAACCCCAAGUCGGCAACCUGAGCACUAAAGAGAGCGUGAUCCUUCCGAAGACGGCAAUGGAUUUCCCGAAAUGGAUACAAACCAGUUCGCAUUGCUCCCUCGGAUUCGAACCUCGUAACAACACCUACAAAAUCUUGAGGACCUGGAAAGUUUAUUGGUCGUCCCUCGAUUGGUCGCCCAGAUUCGAGAUUUUCACUCUGGGAUCCAACACAUGGCGGAUUAUUAUCCCUGAGUCCAACAUCUCCGUCCCCGGUCACCGGCACAGUGUCUGCGUCGGCGGAACUAUGUACUGGAAUAAUCUGCGGGAGAAGAACGUAGUGGCGUUCGAUGUGGCGGAGGAGAGGUUUCGACUGGUUCCAUCCCCCUGUCGUACCAUCUAUUCCGCCAUAGUAAAGUUAGAUGGGCGGGUGGCCAUGGUGAAUUACCAUGGUCUCGUCGAUGGCGGCGACAGUAUGAGGGUGUGGGUACUGGAAGACGAUCGAAAUGGGACUUGGAGUAUGGAGAAAAAAAUUGUCUUUCCAUCGAUUUGGAGGGAUGUGAAGCGGGGCAUGCCUUCGUUUUGUCAUCUGAUAUUUGAAACAACGCAUGGGGCUGAACUGGUGUUUGUUCCACAGUCGGAGUCAAGUGAGAAGAUAUAUGUGGUGUAUUAUGAUAUAGAAAGGAGGAGGAUGAGGUUCAAAUCUUUGGUGAAACCAGAGAUGUAUGGGGUGGGAUGUCCUCCCAGUGUUUGUAAUUAUGUGGAGAGUCUUGUAUCGUUGAGGGAAAUAAUUAACCCAAACAAUUCCUAA